AUGGAUGACCAUUUAGAUAAAGAAUGGGCCCGAAAGUAUAUUUUGGACCCUCUCACUGCUCCUGAGCCACAUCAAGAAACUGGACUUGGAUCCUCUCACUUUAACCACUAUCGCGCAUCUCUGCAAGCUCAAUCGUCUUCACAACAACAACAACAUCACCAGGAUUCAAACCCAAACUAUCGCUUCAAAGAUAAAUCCAUGACACUCUCCGGCGACACAAUGCAACCAGAAAUGAGUGACCAAACCGAUAAAUAUCCCACACCACCCCAAUCAGGGAGCCCAAACCGAAAGUUCCACCCGUCAAAUCCAUUUGCCUCAACAGAAGGAUCAGCCGACAUGGUCGAAGAUAAGACACUCAUCUCUCCGCCUGAUUCUCCUGACGCAGACCGCGCGACAAGAGCGCAUCAACGCCAAUCAUCAAUGAAUAGCUCUUCGCCGACUCAUCGACGAGGCCCUCGUUCAGAUCCCGGUCACGGUCCCAGCCGCAGCCGUUCUCUCCACGAGCGCUUCCCCGGAGACUUGUCCCCAAGGCCCCUUGAUGUCAUUAGGAACGAUGCCCGGGCUGCUGAAAAGCCGCAUCGCCAUCGGAAACGCAUCUCCGAUGUCGAUCAGAUUGAUGCCCUCGAUACCAUCGGCGGCACAUAUCACCAUGGCGGACCGUACGAUGCUACGCUCAUCAGCCGCAAUCUGAACAAGAAGUAUUCGCCAGUCGCCGCAGUCCAGGACUCAAACAUGGAGACUCUGCGAGCUACACCUCGGGAAUACAUCAUCGACAGCUUGGAACGCCAUCUGCCCCUUCAAGGGACUGCGACCGUUCCUUCUGGAAGCAGAGAUAUCUCUGGCAGAAGGAUGAGCUACGAAGAAGGCCCCGACCUUAUGCGGGAACCAGAUGCCCCUGGUGGCGCGUUCAAGCGCUGGGAUCAUAUGAAAUACCACCCCGACGACCUCAAAGGAAAGGGAGAGCCUUCUUAUACCUUUGAAAAGGACCUGAAGGAAAAGAAGCGCGCCCAAAGAGGCGAGCCCGAUGAGAUUGAAAUGCAGUCCGGCCUAUACAGUCGCAGCGGUCCAUCCAAGCACCAGCGCAGCAUCAGCAUUGCUUUCCGCGACAACUCUUCGUCUAGCGGCAACGCCUAUAACAACAGUGACUUGCAGCGCCGGAACUCUACCGGCAAAAAGCUGAGCAACGGUUUGAAGCGACGAUGGGGCAGUCUCCGUGAGAAAACAAAGGCAUUGGUCGAGUAA